ACGCAAUCCUCGGUUAAAGUGUGGCCAAUUUUAGCGUAUACUUUAAUCGACGGCUAAUCUAUUUAAUCACGUGAUAUAAUAAUAUUGAUAAUAUGGGGGAAUAGGAAUGACGCAAGGCUGAAAAAGCACGUGAAAUGACAAUGUUGUUGAUAAUAUGGGGAAUGGCGCAAGGCUGAAGCACGUGAAAUACAGUUGCGGACAUAGCGGCGUUACCCUUGGGGCCGGGCUCUAGGCAAGUCUGUGACGUACAGUAUUGAGCUCCCAAGACCAUUUGUGUGGAGGAAACGAAUUCUUCUUAAAAACCUAUUUAAUUGCAACGAAAUCUCCAUAUUACUGUUUUAAAUUUACUGGAAAAAGAUUCACACGCAUCUACGACCUUAAAACCCAACCUUAUCUCAUCAUGACUUCCACCGUGGUCAUCGGAAGUACCGGCCUUGUGGGAUCUCACAUCCUCUCCACGCUCCUCCAGCUCCCAGCUAUUAGCUCUGUGCGCACUUUCACCCGACGCGCCCCCCAGGACACUGGCGCAAAGCUAAACGCGACCGUUGAGGACUCGGCGAAAUGGGCAGCUAGCAUUUCCGCCAUCACGCCUCCGCCCGACAUUUUCUUCUCUGGUCUGGGCACCACUCGUGCCGCAGCAGGUGGAUUUGACAACCAGCGGAAGAUCGACUAUGACCUGAACCUUGAAGCUGCUCAGGCAGCGAAGAGGGCUGGCGCCAAGGUCUACGUUCUCAUCAGCAGUGGUGGCGCGAAUCCCAAUUCAAUGAUGGGAUACCCGAAGAUGAAGGGGGAACUGGAAGAGGCCGUGAAGGCACUGGGCUUUGAGAAGACCGUGAUUCUGCGACCUGGCCUUAUUCUUGGUGGAAGAGACCACCUGAGAGCGGCAGAAUAUGCGUUCCAGGGCAUUGCAAGGGUAUUUGGUGCCGUAAGUGGUGGUUGGUUGAGCGACGGUUGGGCGCAGGAUGCGGAUGUCAUUGCCAAAGCUGCAGUGAGCGGUGGAUUGAAAGCACUUGCGGGGGAGGGACCAGCGUCGUUGACAAUGGGACAGUCGGAAAUUGUGAGACUGGGAAGAACGGAGUGGAAAUCAGAGGAGCAGAAGUAGGCUUGGAAUCACUACGAGUGGAAGGUUGGUUGUACUGUACGAUACCAGGUUGUGACAUGAUUGGAGUUGUUAGUUCUGGGAAUUGGGCUUGAGAUGAACUGUAAUACAUUCAUUCAAUGAAUAUCUAGUAAUAUAUACUCUUC